CGGAGAAGGCGGAAGCAGCGGCAGCCGCCGCUGGGGCUGAGGCUCCGGCCGUCGGCGGACGCAGCGGACGCUGCCCUCGAACCAGGAGUGUGGCGUCGGAGUCACUUGGUCCUGGAGCGCCCCGUGUGUUGGCGACGCGGUGUGGCCCGGGGGAGCCUUCCGGGUCGGCUGUGGCGUCUCUGCGUGUGCGAACGGUGUGUAGCCCACAGAAGCCAGAAGAAGGUAUCCGACCCCCAGGAGCUGGAGCUAUAAGUGAUUGUGAGACUUCUGAUAUGGAUGCUGGGGUCCGAACUUGGGUCUUCUGGAAGGACUGCACUUGUUCUUAACUGCCGAGCCAUCUUGGCAGCUCCUAAGGAGGGAUCUUAGCAGGCUGACUGAUACAAAGCUACUAUGAGUCUGUUAAACUGUGACCACAGCUGUGGGUCCAGCCAGUCCUCGAGUGACUGCUGUGCUGCCAUGGCCACCUCCUGCAGUGCUGCCGUGAAAGACGACAGUGUGAGUGGGUCUGCCAGCACAGGGAACCUCUCCAGCUCCUUCAUGGAAGAGAUCCAGGGCUAUGAUGUGGAGUUCGACCCACCUCUGGAGAGCAAGUAUGAGUGCCCCAUCUGCUUGAUGGCUUUGCGAGAAGCCGUGCAAACACCAUGUGGCCACAGGUUCUGCAAAGCCUGCAUCAUCAAAUCCAUAAGGGAUGCAGGUCACAAGUGCCCAGUUGACAAUGAAAUACUGCUGGAAAAUCAACUGUUUCCUGACAAUUUCGCAAAGCGAGAAAUUCUUUCUCUGAUGGUAAAGUGCCCAAAUAAAGGCUGUUUGCAGAAGAUGGAGCUGAGACAUCUCGAGGAUCAUCAAGCACAUUGUGAAUUUGCUCUUAUGAAUUGUCCCCAAUGCCAACGUCCUUUCCAAAAGUGCCAGUUUAAUAUACACAUUAUCGAGGAUUGUCCCAGGAGACUGGUUUCUUGUGUAAACUGUGCUGUGUCCAUGCCAUUUGAAGAGAAAGAGAUCCAUGAUCAAAGCUGUCCUUUGGCAAAUAUCAUCUGUGAAUACUGUGGUACAAUCCUCAUCAGAGAACAGAUGCCUAAUCAUUAUGAUCUAGACUGCCCAACGGCUCCAAUCCCUUGCACAUUCAGUGUUUUUGGCUGUCAUGAGAAGAUGCAGAGAAAUCACUUGGCGAGACACCUGCAAGAGAAUACCCAGUUGCACAUGAGACUGUUGGCCCAGGCUGUUCAUAACGUCAACCUUGCUUUGCAUUCGUGUGAUACUUACGCUCCAUCCCGGGGAUGUUGUCCAGAGGACCCAAAUUAUGAGGAAACUAUCAAACAGUUGGAAAGUCGCCUAGUGAAGCAGGACCAUCAAAUCCGGGAACUGACUGCCAAAAUGGAAACUCAGAGCACAAAUGUAAGCGAGCUCAAGCGAACCAUUCGAACCCUUGAGGACAAAGUUGCUGAAAUGGAAGCACAGCAGUGUAAUGGGAUUUACAUUUGGAAGAUUAGCAACUUUGGGAUGCACUUGAAAUCCCAAGAAGAGGAAAAACCUGUCGUCAUUCACAGCCCUGGAUUCUACACAGGCAGACCUGGGUACAAGCUGUGCAUGCGCCUGCACCUUCAGUUACCAACGGCUCAGCGCUGUGCAAACUAUAUCUCCCUGUUUGUCCACACAAUGCAAGGAGAGUAUGACAGCCAUCUCCCCUGGCCCUUCCAGGGUACGAUUCGCCUUACAAUUCUUGAUCAGUCUGAAGCAGUAAUAAGGCAAAACCACGAAGAGGUCAUGGAUGCUAAGCCAGAGCUGCUUGCCUUCCAGCGUCCCACAAUCCCACGGAACCCCAAAGGUUUUGGCUACGUAACGUUUAUGCACCUGGAAGCUUUAAGACAGGGAACCUUCGUUAAGGAUGAUACAUUAUUAGUACGCUGUGAAGUCUCUACCCGCUUUGAUAUGGGUGGCCUUCGGAAGGAGGGCUUCCAGCCACGAAGUACUGAUGCAGGAGUGUAGUAUCCAUUUACUUGUGUUAAAAAAAAAAAAACUACAAACCACACAGAAAAACAGUGCCUUCUUUGCCUGGUCCCAAUAAACAAUGUUCAAACAAGCAGUGGGAGAGGUAUAACACCAGGCACCAGACAUCAUCAGUGAGGUCUUUCUACUUCUUACUGUUACAAAUAUCUGAGGUGGUUUUCAUGGGAAUCUACGUGUCCUCUGUGUCUUCAAAAACUUAGCAUUGGAAGGGCCUGUGGCACAUCUGUUUGUUAAUUAGUGUACCUCUUCAUCGUACUUCCAUGGGCUUUUUCCAUGUACUUCACUGUCAAAAAAAAGGUCGGAGUUAGUGUACUGAAGCUCAGUUGUUUAAUAAUCCUAGGUGCCUUAGAAACUUAGGCUGUUUUUAGGACACUUGUGGACUGUAUUAAACGUGAGAAUCACUACUGCCUUGUGCUGACGCUAGGAAGAAAGUUGCUGCUCUGGUGCCAAGUUCUCAUUUUAGUUGACGCCUGUGAAUUUCAGAAGCUUUGAAGCAUGAUCCCUGGAAAGCCUAAGUUCUCAUGUGCUCCCUUCCCCAUUGUUCAUUAAGGGUCCGGGGACUGCUUUAGCCCUUACCUAUUUAGUGUGAACACCUUGUCUCUGGAGCACCAAGCGUUGCUUUCCUGCUUGCGUAUUUGGAGGCUCCAGGCCGCAGCUUCUCCCGUUUGUAAUGCUGUGGUAACGUGGUUGCCAGCUGUCGAGUGUUAGUGCCAUGUCAGCCGUCUGUCUGUUCAGUGCAGCGCAGUUUCCAUGUCCUCAUGCAUGUCUUCUGUUCCUCGAAAACACAAAAUCACCAGCAUAAACAUUAAAAGUGACAUUAGACGGCAUCUUAUGGAUGACUACAGAACUCUUACAGCCAGGAACCUGGUCAGCCCUCUUGACUACCCUUUGAUUUAGCUUACAUAAUUGAAAUCAAUUUGAUUUCCUCAAGGGGCUGGAGAGAGAGCUCAGUUGUUAAGAGCUGGCUGCUCUUCCAGAGGACUCUGGUUCAAUUCCCAGCACCCACAUGGCAACUCACAACUGUCUGUAACUCCAGUUCCAAGGGAUCAGACAACCUUAUAUAGACAUACAUGCAGGCAAAACACAAAGGCACAUAAAAUAUAAAUAAAUAAAAUUGAUUUCCUCAAAACAGAAUUUGUUAAAACUUGAGAAGCUGUAGGUACUUGAGAGAUGACUAAACCAAGGUUGGCCGUCACAGUGGUUGUAUGGACACUCAGCUUGAGUAGGUGGUGUCCAGCUCAAUGCCGGUUCUGAGCCUAUUCUGUAGAAUGUACUGGUGUGGCCAGAUGUUUCUAACGUGGGGAGGCGAUUGUUGCGCUGUUAUGUAUUUGUCAAUGGCCUGUACAUAUAAAAUACUGUGGAGUCUAGUUCUCAGGGAGUCCUACAACUCAUUAGAGCAUUUAUAAGGAACCUACGGGGAUGUCUCCUGCUGUUUACACGAGAUUGCUCAAGUUUUCUGGUAAGAAGAAAAGGCACUGCUCUCUCCGGCCACAUCAGAGCCCCUGGGCAGUGCUAGAUCUGCCCUGCGUUCCAGAGGACGCUCAGAGACCCUGGCGGAGGAGAGGCGUCUGCUUUUCCGUUGUCGCCUAUCCCCCGCAAGUGUCACUUCAACCUUUCCAUUUCUCUUUGCUUCUAUUCUAUCUGUAAAGGUGAGGGAAAGACCAUGUCCCCACCGUCCCACAAGCUCCUCGUGGUCACCAGUUGGUUUCCUGGUGGCCUGCGUCCUUGGCUGUGCCUUUAGUCCAAGCCUCUUACAGCACCUCCUGCCUAGGGAAACCUACCUGUGUUACCCCAUUCCUGCGGCUUGCCACUGAAUAAAUGUGGGGGUUCUUGAAAAAGCAA